CGCCCUGCGCCGGUCCCCGCCCGCCGGUGUCUGGCGGAGGCAAGAUGGCGGUGCAAGAGUCCGCCGCCCAGCUGUCCAUGACCCUGAAGGUGCAGGAGUACCCGACCCUCAAGGUGCCCUACGAGACUCUGAAUAAACGCUUUCGAGCUGCUCAGAAAAACAUUGAUCGGGAGACGAGUCACGUCACCAUGGUGGUAGCUGAGCUGGAGAAGACCUUGAGCAGCUGUCCUGCUGUGGACUCUGUGGUCAGCCUCUUGGAUGGUGUGGUGGAGAAGCUCAGUGUCCUCAAGAGAAAGGCUGUGGAGUCUAUCCAGGCGGAAGAUGAGAGCGCCAAGCUGUGUAAGCGCAGAAUUGAGCACCUAAAGGAGCACAGCAGUGACCAGCCUGCAGCAGCCAGCAUGUGGAAGAGGAAGCGCAUGGACCGCAUGAUGGUGGAGCACCUGCUGCGCUGUGGCUACUAUAACACCGUCGUGAAGCUGGCGCGUCAGAGCGGCAUUGAGGACCUAGUGAAUAUCGAGAUGUUCCUCACUGCCAAAGAAGUGGAGGAGUCCCUGGAGAGGCGUGAGACAGCCACCUGCCUGGCCUGGUGCCAUGACAACAAGUCCCGGCUCCGGAAGAUGAAGGGCCGCCAAAACGAGCACGAAGUGAAGACGGGACGAAAAAGUAGAGCGGCCAGUGGCUCCCCUAAGGAGAGUGAGGAUCUUGGUAUGGAAACCAUAAAAGGAAAGCCAGAAUUGAGCUGCCUGGAGUUCAGCCUAAGGAUUCAGGAGUUCAUUGAACUCAUCCGGCAGAAUAAGAGACUGGACGCCGUGAGACAUGCAAGAAAGCACUUCAGUCAGGCUGAAGGGAGCCAGCUAGACGAAGUCCGUCAAGUCAUGGGGAUGCUGGCCUUCCCGCCAGACACACACAUCUCCCCGUACAAGGACCUCCUGGACCCAGCCCGGUGGCGGAUGCUGAUCCAACAGUUCCGGUAUGACAACUACAGACUGCACCAGCUGGGAAACAACUCUGUGUUCACGCUCACCCUACAGGCUGGCCUCUCGGCAAUCAAGACACCACAGUGCUACAAGGAGGAUGGCAGCUCCAAGAGCCCUGACUGCCCUGUGUGCAGCCGCUCCCUGAACAAGCUGGCGCAGCCCCUGCCCAUGGCUCACUGUGCCAACUCCCGCCUGGUCUGCAAGAUCUCUGGCGAUGUUAUGAACGAGAACAACCCACCCAUGAUGCUGCCCAACGGCUACGUCUACGGCUACAACUCUCUGCUUUCUAUCCGUCAAGAUGAUAAAGUUGUUUGCCCAAGAACCAAAGAAGUCUUCCACUUCUCACAAGCCGAGAAAGUGUACAUCAUGUAGGCCCUGUGUCGCCAAGCGCAUGCCUCGGAGGCCAGGGGACUGCGGCAGGCAGGGAGGCCACUGCGCCCUCCUGCCCCCCGCUCUAGCCUGCCGUGGUGUUUCUGUUUCUUGCGACCAAAGAUCAGUGAGCAACGACAAAUACUCUUAGGGAGAGAGGAAAUAAGAUUUAAUAAGUUUGUACUUGAAAACAACAUUUUGAUUGGUAGGAUUUUGUAACAUAAGUCAACUAUUUGAUGAUUCUGAAAAGUACUUUCACCUCUCAAAGGAAACUUUUCUUUAAAGACUGAUCUAAACACGGAGAGAAACUUUAGAACGUUUCAAAACUAGGAAUUGACUUCCCCGUGUUUCUCACAAUUUCCUCCCUUUUGCUAAUGACAAGACGUGGAAAACGGGCUGGUGUUUCACUGACUCGCAUAAGCCUUGGCCACAGCCUGGAGGAAGUGGUGGCUGCACCAGACUGACCUGCAGUGACUCCUGAUGCAGUGCCAUGAGGGACAUUCAUGACUUCAUUCUAGAGCUGCUGCCAAAAUGCCCGGUGCCACAGCCCAUGGGGGGGCUGGCCUUGAGGGCUGCCCUGCCUGCCUUGUGGGCAACGUCUGUCAGACUGUGUUAGUAUGUGCAUAGGUUCGAUGUCCCAUCUUUCGUGUGCCGCCUUAUUUCCUGCUUUGAGAAUGUAUUCACGUGGAAAUCCACUGGACCGAGUUUCUGCAGAGGCCUUGCCGGAUGGUUCCAUAACUUUAGAGUCUAAAUACUAUUCAUUACAGAAACUAAUAGUUCAGUUGAAUUAAAUACUGAUGACUUUUCAAACAAAUGAACCAUUGUAGUUUACACAAAACCAUAUUGUAGAGGUUUGUAUUUAGCGCUUAUUUUUGCAUGUUGAUGUUGAUUAGUUAAUAAACUGUAAAUGUAAGAAAUGUUAAUAAAAUGGUUUUCUAUUUCUUAUUUGUGUGUGAGGCAGAAACUGCUCUGCUUUUCUAACACCUGUUGGGUUGUGCUCUGCUCUUCCCUGCAGCAGGAAAGGGAGGCUCACCCCACACAGGGCCUGAUUUGCUGUGUGUGCUACAGCCAUAAAGGGGGCUCAGCACAACUGGAGACCCACCCACAAACUUCACAGGAGUUUGGGGCCGGGCAUAGAGUCCUGAGGUAGCAUCUUGCUCCUGCCAACCUGGCCAGUACCAUUUUGGGAGUAGAACCACAUUGAUAGACCAACUUGGAUUCCUGUCGACCCCCUUCCUGGUUCCUGGGACCUGUGGCUGCUAUCUGCUAUGGCUUUUGCUACUCCCCCCUACCCAUACAUACACACACACACAGUACUCUCUAGGGUCCAUCCUAGCUCCCUUCCUAUUACUACCUCCCUGACAGCUGCCCUGGCCACUUUAUGCCCACCAUGCCACUGGACCCCAGAUACAAGUGCCCACCCAGGUCAGGCCUCAGUUGAAGCAGACACCUGUAGUGCCCACUCUGGAUUGCUGCCUCAAGUUCUGCUUUGGGGUCUCAUGGUGACUUGCAUAAUAUGUGCUGGCCACACCUCUGCACUUUGACAGGGUUGUGACUUGGCAUGUGUGCCUCCAUCCCCAAGCCUGGUGGGGCAGAGUUGGGGCUAGAGGGAUGCAGUGGAAUAACGUUAGCUGUUCCCUGCUGUAUCCUCUACUGUACCCAGAACCCAAAUGAGCUACCCUAAGCCAGCUCCAUACUCUGUACCCUGUACUCCUGAGAGAUGCUGGAGUAGCUCUGGGGCACUGCAGCCUAUUCCAAACAACAGUCUUCUCUGGCCUUGCCUCCUGCUUACCCUCUCUCUCUCUCUCAUUGAAGUAUAAUGUAAUGAAGUGCACACAGUCCAAGUGUUCCCAUAAUUAAUUUCUACAUUAUGCCCUCAUGUGACCACCUCCCAGACUGUUCCGUCUUCACAGAGGAAUCCCCAGGUCCUCCCCGUCAAUAUUCUAGUAUCUGUCAUUAAUCAUCAGAGAGUAGCUCAACCAGUUCUUGAACAUGAGGAGUCACACAGCAUGGUUUUCUGUGGACCAGCUUCAUGCUUGGGCAGUUCUUUCCUGAUGUAGCAAUAUAGUUCAUUCCAUUAUGGUUGCAGCAGUCCAUUGGAGGAAUGAGCACAGUGACUUACCCCUUCUACAUGUGGGUGGACAUCUGGGUUACUACCAGAUUGAAGUUGCCAUCUAUGAAUGCUCUGACACGUGACUUUUGCUGGAUGCACACUCUGUGGGAAAAUACCAAGCAGUGACAUUGCCGGGGUACAUGUUUAACCUGAGCAGAUGGAGACAGCUUGCCAGCGUUAGCACCAGCUUCUGCCUAUCUCAGUGGAUCAAAGUUCUGCCUGCUCCAUAUCCUCAUCAGCACA